AACUUGGUGGAAUGUGACGGACUAAUAGAACCCCUUUUUCGGGGCGCUCAAUAACUGAAAACCCGGUCGGCUGGUGUCGCAGUCGGAACUGUUGUUUGAGACCUAAACACAUCACUCGACAUAAAGCCGGGAUAGUUUGGUGGUUGCUUCUGUUAAAGCUGAACACUUUUUUUUUUUUUAUCUGAGGAAGCGGUGUCGCCAAGGCCCUUUUGAGUUAACUGCAGUUUCUCCCGUUGUUCACUUUACCACCGGACAUGCGAAAUGUAAGGCAGUCAUCUAUUGCUUUUGCCCAUCAUCACAAUAAGAAGAGCUUCUGUUGAAAUUUUAAAUCUGGGAUAGCACUGCAACCAAUAUCACAAUGUCAACAAGAACAACACUACCCACUGUCAACGAACGGAAAUCCGAAAAUCAUACGUCCAACAGGCAUGGCCGUGCGGAGGUGACGUCUCGGUCAGUCAGGUCGAGCGGUCGGAAUCGGAAUUCCGGCAGCUCUGGCCUGGAAGAGCAGCAGCCACAUAUUGGAAACUACCGGCUUCUGAAGACCAUUGGGAAGGGCAACUUUGCCAAGGUCAAACUGGCACGCCAUAUCCUCACUGGCAGGGAGGUGGCAAUAAAAAUGAUCGAUAAAACUCAGCUGAACCCCACCAGUCUUCAGAAGCUCUUCAGGGAGGUCCGAAUUAUGAAGAUUUUAAACCACCCAAAUAUCGUGAAGCUGUUUGAAGUCAUUGAGACAGAGAAAACAUUGUUCCUUGUAAUGGAGUAUGCCAGUGGAGGUGAAGUGUUUGACUACCUCGUUGCUCAUGGAAGGAUGAAGGAGAAAGAGGCCAGGGCUAAAUUUAGACAGAUUGUGUCGGCCGUGCAGUACUGUCACCAGAAACGCAUUGUUCACAGAGACCUGAAGGCAGAGAACCUGUUGCUGGAUGCUGAUAUGAACAUCAAGAUAGCAGACUUUGGUUUCAGUAAUGAGUUUACGGUGGGGAGUAAGCUGGACACGUUCUGCGGCAGCCCCCCCUACGCUGCUCCAGAGCUCUUCCAGGGGAAGAAGUACGACGGGCCAGAGGUGGACGUGUGGAGUCUGGGUGUCAUCCUCUACACACUGGUCAGCGGGUCGCUGCCCUUCGACGGACAGAACCUCAAGGAGCUACGUGAGCGUGUGCUGAGAGGAAAGUACCGGAUCCCUUUCUACAUGUCAACAGACUGCGAGAACCUGCUCAAACGUUUCCUAGUACUCAACCCCACCAAGAGAGGCACACUGGAGCAAAUAAUGAGGGACCGCUGGAUCAACAUGGGCUAUGAGGAGGAUGAGCUCAAACCUUUUAGCGAUCCUGAGGAUGAUAUCUCAGACCAGAAGAGAAUAGACGUGAUGGUUGGGAUGGGCUUCUCUAGGGAAGAGAUCCAGGAGUCUCUGUCUAAAAUGAAGUAUGAUGAGAUCACAGCCACCUAUUUACUGCUGGGCAGGAAAGCCAGUGAGGCGGUCAGUGAUUCCAGCUCUGGCAGUAACCUCUCUCUGGCUAAGACCAGACCCACCACUGAGAUGAACGGCCAAUCACCAGCUCACCUCAAAGUUCAGAGGAGUGUCUCGUCCAGUCAGAAAACACGCCGUCAUAGUGACCAAGUGGGUCCUGUCGUGUCUUCAGGUUUGAGUAACUCAAAGAGGGCAGUUCCCAGUGGGGACGGUGAUGUGAAACAAGAGGUCGGGGUCACGCCCCGUAAGCCCCCCUCUCAUAGUCCACCCAGUCCCUUAUUAGGCAACGCCAACAACCCCAACAAAGCCGACAUCCCUGAUCGCAAGAGAAACAGUGCCAUAACUACCAAUAAUACCUCGGGAUCUGGAAUGUCUCGCAGAAACACGUACGUGUGCAGUGACCGCAGCAAUACGGAGCGCCUGUCUGUGUUACCCAACGGGAAAGAGAACAGUGUGUCUCUGUCUCCAGCCAAGCAGGAGUCUGGUGCCUCCACUCAUAGCAUCAGCAACGCUGCCACACCUGAUAAAGUCCGUUUCCCACGAGGCACUGCCAUCCGGAGCACCUUCCAUGGCCAGCUGAAAGAGCGACGCACAGCGACCUACAACGGCCCCCCUGCCUCCCCCACGCAGACACACAGCCGCGGCAACACCAACAGCCUGCUCACCAAGCUCACCUCCAAACUCACACGCAGAAACAUGUCAUUCAGGUUUUCCAAAAGAGUGUCAAGCGAGUUUGAGAGAAGCAGGAGAUUUGAGGGCACAAGUCGCCAUGUACCUGGGGAUCAGCCGAAAGAUGAAGGGAAAGAUGGGAAAGACGGGAAGCCCCGCUCUCUCCGUUUCACCUGGAGUAUGAAUACCACCAGUACCAUGGAGCCGACGGCCAUCAUGAACGAGAUUCGGAAGGUUCUGGACGCGAACAACUGUGACUAUGAGCAGCGCGAACGCUUCUUACUGCUCUGUGUCCAUGGUGACGGCCAUGCCGACAGCCUCGUCCAAUGGGAGAUGGAGGUGUGCAAGCUGCCCCGCCUCUCGCUUAAUGGCGUCCGCUUCAAGAGGAUAUCCGGCACAUCUAUAGCCUUUAAGAACAUUGCUUCAAAAGUCGCCAGUGAACUCAAGCUAUGAAUAUGUUUAUCUGUAAUCAAUCUACAUAAAGGAAAAUGUGUUAAAAAAAAAGUGUUCAAUUCUAUAUAGGGAGAAACAAUAAGUUGUACAAUCACGUAAAGUAGAGGUUUCCAAAUGUUUAAAAACAAACCACAUGCCAUAUGUAUUCAAAAACAUGUAUAGACUUAAACGUUGC